GUAGAGACACCAUGAUAGACUUAAUAAAAAUUCUUGUGUGUUUUAUAUGCGGCAGCUUCCUGCUUAUUUAUUUGGCGUUACGGAAGCAAUAUUCAUAUUUUAAGGACAGCGGUGUAUUGCACGAUAAACCAGUGUUUUUUUUCGGAAAUCUUAAGGAAUUUUAUCGCACCAAAACAUUGUAUGAUAUUUUCCAAGAAUAUUAUAUGAAAUUCAAGGAAAAAGCACGAUUCGUUGGAUUUUAUUUCUUUCUCAACAAAACGAUUAUACUGCUCGAUCCCGAUUUAAUUCAGCAUAUAUGUGUUAAGGAUUUUGCAAAUUUUCCAGGUCGGGGAACGUAUUAUAAUAAAAAAGAUGAUCCAAUUUCUGCUGUCAUGCUGUUUUUAGAAGGAGAGCACUGGAAAAAUUUACGAACAAAAUUAACUCCAACUUUCACAUCAGGAAAAAUAAAAAGUAUGUUUACCACUGUCGUCGAUGUAGCUGAUCAAUUAAUCAAUGUUUUGGAAGAUGAGCGAAAGUCUGCAGAUAUGAAUAUAGGAAUUGAUUUUGCAGAUCUUAUGUCACGCUAUACAACAGAUGUUAUUGGAAGUGUUGCUUUCGGUUUAGAGUGCAAUAGAUUAAAGGAACCAACAAGUAAAUUUAGUAAAACUUGUGAAAAAAUUGGUUAUUUUAAACACAGUAUGCCUGUGGUUUCGCUUAUGAACACUUUUCCAAAUUUAGCACGAAAAUUCAGAAUGAAACUGUUUCCAAAAGAAAUUUCAGACUUCUUCUUUCAAAUUGUUCGUGACACUGUAGAAUAUCGAGAGAAAACGGGUAUACAACGAAAAGAUUAUCUUAAUAUAUUAAUGGAGUUAAGAAAAUCAGAGACAUCAGAUGCUUUAACAAUGGAAGAGAUAACUGCACAGACAUUUUUAUUUUUUGUAGCAGGUUUUGAAACAAGUUCAAGUGUAAUGAGUUUUUGUUUAUACGAACUGGCUUUAAAUCCAGACAUUCAAGAGAAGGCUCGGACGGAAAUGAAUGCAGUUAUGGCUCAGCAUGAUGGCAAACUUACUUAUGAAGCAGUUAAAGAAAUGAAGUAUUUACUUCACUGUAUGUACG